AUGAGUAAUCAGAAAUACAAGUGCUUUGCUCAAGCAUUAGAUUUAAAAAAUGACAAAGAAUUAAUUGAUGAAUAUAAAACUUUUCAUAAAUCUGUAUGGCCAGAGGUUACCGAUGCUUUGAAAAAAAUAGGUAUAACCAAGAUGAAGAUUUUUUUAGUUGGUAAUCAUUUGUUUAUGUAUUACGAAACUGUACCCGAUUUUACACCUGAAAAUUACCAAUCGUAUGCAGUAGAACCUAAAGCACAAGAGUGGGAUUCUCUAAUGAGGAAGUUUCAACAAAAGAUAUCCGAGGCUAAAGAAACUGAUUGGUGGACUGAUAUGGAACUCGUAUUUGAUUUAUAUCCUAAUGAGUAA